UUUUCCACCAAUAUGAUUCAGAGAUUUUGUGCAGAAAUGAUGCUCCACGAAUCAUCAAAAGGAUCAGUGAAAAUUUUCUGAGGGGUUUGCAGUAAGAUACGGAAAAAAACCCAACUGAAGAUCUCCCCUCUUACCCAAAAAAGAAGAAAGGAAGUUUCACCAGCCUUUUUGGCUUGUUAUUUGGGACAAAAAGAAGCUAGAAAAAUCCCCUUUUUAGUGGGUAGGCCUUUAAUGGCUGCUCAGUAGAGAGAGAGAGUCUCAAGGUGGCUUUGGUUGUUUGGCUUUAAAGGGUUGAGAGAGGGUGUAGAGUAGCAGAAGAUAGUAACAGAUAAAGCUUCAUUUCUGUGUUUGGAAGGAGAGAGAACGAGAGAGAAAAUGGGGGGUUUUCAGAAGUGGGUUUGAGAGAAAAAAACCUUUUUUAAAAAAAGAAAGGAAAAUGAAGGGCUUCACGGGAUUAUCAGCCGCUGAUUUGCUGUAUUAGAGGGAUGGCCUGGGAGUGGGGUUGUUCAUUUUGAGUACACGUUGCUCCAGAAAGUCAGAGGGAGAAAGGGAGAAAAAGAGAGAUUUGUUGGGAGAGAGAGAAAAAAAGAAGCUUUUUUACUUUAGUUUUUAGAUUGGGUUUUCAGUUUUCUAUUGGCUGCUUUUGGUUUGUUUUGGGUGGUUUUUUCCCUUCUUUUUUGGUUCAAACUCAUUGACAAAACAUAGUUGGGACUAGAGAGAGAAAACCAGGGUUAUAGGCUGUAGAGAGACACACAUCUAGAGAGAGAAAGUAAGAGAGAAAGAGGGAGGGAGGGAGCAGGGGAAGUGCCUUUUGUAGGUUCAUUCACUGAAUUUGUCAUUGGAGGAAGUGGGGGAAUUCGGCGCUUUUUCGAAUUUGAGAAGUUCUUCACGAGGUGCUGUCAGAAAUUUCUUUUCAAAAGAGUAUACCCAAUCUUUAUCCCUUUUUUUAAGGUUGUGAUGCCCCUUUUGUUAAUCUUUUCUUCCACAACCUGUUCUCAUCACUUCUCUGCUUGCUACAUGUAAAGAUUCUGUAGAUCUUUCAGAGCAUUUUUUCUUCCCAAUACUCCACACUUGUAUCUUUGCAUUCACAUCUCUCAAUCUCUCUCUCUCUCUCUCUCUCUCUCUCUCUCUCUCUGUAGUCUCUCAUUCGACAUUCCAGAGGGACAUAGGUUUCUGGUCUCUCCCUCCCAAUAAACCCCAACUUGGGUUUUGGAUUCAGUACUUGGUAUUCUCUCUCUAGUUCCCUACUCGUUGCCUUGUUUGUCUCUUAAGAAUUUUUGGGUGUCUCAUAUCAUUCUCUCUAUUUUCCAACUCUAAAUUGUGAGGAAAAAAGGGGGGGUUUUUGGAUUCAGCACUGAGCAUUGUCUUUUUCUUUCUAGGGGUUUUUGUUUUCACACCCAAUUCUUUGUGGGAGAAAAUGGGAAGAGCUACAAGGUGGUUGAGAGGCUUGUUGGGGAUGAAGAAAGACAAGGAACAGGUGGAGAAUUCCACCGCUGGUGACCGGAAGGAGAAGAAAAGGUGGAGUUUUGCCAAGCCAGGGAGGGAUACUUCUGGUGUGGGUCAGAACCCAGUCAACUUUCCGGCCAACAUUCCGGUUGAUUCCGCUUGGUUGAGAUCUUACAUUUCUGAGACAGAGAAAGAGCAGAACAAGCACGCAAUUGCUGUGGCUGCAGCCACCGCAGCCGCUGCGGAUGCUGCUGUGGCCGCAGCACAGGCUGCAGUGGCUGUGGUGAGGCUCACAAGCCAUGGCAGAGGAACCCUCUUUAGUGGAGGCAGAGACAGGUGGGCUGCAACCAAGAUUCAGACUGUUUUUAGGGGAUAUUUGGCCCGAAAGGCGCAUAGAGCUUUGAGAGGAUUGGUAAAGUUGCAGGCUCUUGUUAGGGGUUAUUUUGUUCGAAAGCGGGCUGCCGCAACCCUUCAUAGUAUGCAAGCUCUUAUAAGGGCUCAGGCUGCUGUUCGAUCCCAAAGAACUCUCCGUGCCCGCAACAAAGAAAACAGAUUUCCACCAGAAAUGAGGCCUAGAAGAUCCAUUGAAAGGUUUGAGGAAACCAGAAGUGAAUUCCACAGUAAGAGGAUGUCAACAUCUUUUGAGACUUCAGUUAAUGCAUUUGAUGAAAGCCCAAAGAUCGUCGAAAUCGAUACAUUCAAGCCCAAGUCAAGAUCCCGCAGAAUGAUGAAUACUUCAACCUCAGAUUCUGGCGAAGACCCGCCAUACCAAACACUCUCAUCACCUCUUCCAUGUCCAGUUCCAGCCCGACUCUCCAUACCCGAUUGCAGAAACUUUCAAGACUUCGAAUGGUGCUUCACUGGCGACGAAUGUAGGUUCUCCACUGCCCAAAGCACUCCUCGGCUUGCAAACACUAGCCGAGCAGUGGCCCCAGUUACACCAGCCAAGAGCGUAUGCGGGGACAGCUUCUUCCGGCCUUACUCCAACUUCCCCAACUAUAUGGCCAACACUCAAUCAUUCAAGGCCAAACUGAGGUCUCACAGUGCCCCAAAGCAAAGACCUGAGCCUGGCCCCAAAAGGCGGUUUUCCCUCAAUGAAAUAAUGGCAUCAAGGACUAGUCUAAGCGGGGUUCGAAUGCAGAGAUCAUGUUCCCAAGUUCAAGAAGCUUUGAAUUUUUAAAAACCCAAUACCGAACCGAUCUAGUUGAUUGAUGACUUCGCUAAGCUUUGUUUCCAAUAGGAUAGAACACAGGGUGCCUUUGUAAAUUCUUAAAGCAUGGCUUUGAUUGAAUCUUUUGCAUUUUGUCAAUGAAAUCAGAUUGCCUUUUAAUGUUUUUUUUUUCCAA